AUGUCAACGUGUCCUUCAUGUAGUGAUCAGGCUGGUGUUGGUCAGGAUCAAUGUGUGAUACUUAAUGCAUCGUAUGUAUUUGCUGGACUUGCUAUGAUGCUUAACAUUAGACUCUCAUAUAGUUCUGCUCCAUAUGCACUUAUUAGAUUCAGGUUACCUGAGAACCUGUUCAGUGUAUUCGUUAGAAGAAUGGCUAGUGCUUUGGAACUUUGGUGUCUGCCUAGCAUGCUUCUGGGUAAUAUAAUGGAAUAUUCCCUUAAAGGAUACUAUCUAAACUACUACGAGAAAGGCAACUACGCCACCAAAGACCAGCACCACUAUAAUCUCGUCGAGAAUGGCAAAGGCGGCAACAGCGACGACAUCACCAACAGUGACCUCUUAUCUGCCAGAAAUAUUAAGAAUGGUGUUAUCAUAGUUCCCUCAAUCGUUACUCAGUGGUUAAACUUCAUAACAUAUGUAAUUCUAUUGUUUGUCUAUAUAGCAGGUGGUGACCAAGGUCAUCUAACUACAUUCUACUUUGUGAUUGCAAUUUCUGGAUUUGUUUUUGGUAUUAAUAUGGUACUAUUGUAUGCUGUGGACUGGAAUUAUAUACCUGUCUAUAUGGUUGGUGAAAACUCAUUUCCAAUUGUAACCUCAUUCAUGCACUAUGUUACUACGCUAAUUUUUGGUAAUCGGAGGAAAUGGAACAGUGACUACCUAAUUGCCUGCAUUGACAUUGGGGUCGCGAUUAUAAUCUCACUGGUGGCAGCUGUUCUAUGGACUCUAGCUUACGGCAUCUUUACUACUACGCCAAAAAAGGCUGGUACUGCUAAUACUGGUGAUACUUUAGCUACUUAUGGACACAUUCUUACUGAAAGUUUUGAUAAUAGUACAGUUCGGUGGAUAGCUAUAAUCUCACCUACUCUAAUGGUAAUUGUAGGUAUGGGACUUGUUUAUGCCAUAUAUCCAGGUAUCGCACCUGGUAUGAUUGUACCAUUCUAUCUUGUUGAUAAGAUCGAAAUGGUACUUCUAAUAGCUACAUUCUUUCCACCAGUGAUUGUAGCGCUUCUAAACAGAGGAGUAUUUAGUGAAGGUGCUAAAAAGUACUCACCUAAAUCCAUAUACGUGUACCACUCCCAAGAUGACAAUGGCAUGGGCGGCUGGAGACCAUACUCAGAACACGUAAACAUACAAGACCCAGGAGUACCAGGACAAGUACCAGACUUCAACUGCAAAACCAAUGCUGAAGCUAAUGCUGUUGUUCAUAAUUGGUUCUGGCACUUGUUUGAUAUCUUGAUUGUUAUUAAAAUAUCCCUUGCCGCCAUAUUCAUAUAUUCACUUCACUAUAGGGAUUCCUCACUAUCUCGUGCAAUUGUUAAUCAACCUAAAAUGUCCACUGCACUCAGUAUUAUAUUUUAUAUGUGUCACGAAUUUUUGUUGGCUUUGGGGUUUCCAGGUAUCAUAGGUAAUAAUGGAAGUACCUACGUUAUGCUACCAGCGCAAUACAUAGGAGCGCUAUUUAUGAUAUUUUUGGCCUUCUACUCAGAGGGAUACAUUAUAGAAUAUAAAAGUCAUGAUCCGGCACAUUGGCCAACAACGGGUAUGACUAAAUGGAACGCGUUCUGCUAUUGGUGUAAAAGAGCCAGCAAAAUAACAAUUCGCAUCCUGAAAUAA